CUUUUGUGUGAUCGUUGGUUUUAGGUCCGCCCCCUCGCCUGUUCUCAAGUAGGUCCUGUGGAGAGAGAAUAAAUAGGCGGGCAUUGCGCGGGGCUUCUUUAUUGAGCAGCUUGACUUUGUGAGAGCAGCACCAUGUCUGGAAGAGGAAAGGGUGGCAAGGGACUCGGCAAAGGAGGCGCUAAGCGCCACCGUAAGGUUCUGCGCGAUAACAUCCAGGGUAUCACUAAGCCGGCUAUCCGCCGUCUGGCUCGCCGUGGUGGUGUUAAACGUAUAUCCGGUCUGAUCUACGAGGAGACUCGUGGUGUACUGAAGGUGUUCUUGGAGAACGUCAUCCGCGAUGCAGUCACAUACACCGAGCAUGCCAAGAGAAAGACCGUCACCGCUAUGGAUGUGGUGUAUGCCCUGAAACGCCAGGGACGCACUCUUUACGGCUUCGGCGCGCUCAACGCUAUGGCAAGAACUAAGCAGACUGCCCGUAAAUCCACUGGUGGCAAGGCGCCCAGGAAGCAGCUCGCCACCAAGGCUGCUCGCAAGAGCGCUCCGGCUACCGGCGGCGUGAAGAAGCCUCACCGUUACAGGCCCGGCACCGUGGCUUUGAGAGAGAUCCGUCGCUAUCAGAAGUCUACUGAGCUGCUCAUCCGCAAGCUGCCCUUCCAGCGCCUGGUGAGAGAAAUUGCUCAGGACUUUAAGACUGACUUGCGUUUCCAGAGCUCCGCUGUGAUGGCUUUGCAGGAGGCGAGCGAGGCAUACUUGGUCGGCCUGUUCGAGGACACCAACCUGUGCGCCAUCCACGCCAAGAGAGUGACCAUCAUGCCCAAGGACAUUCAGCUGGCCCGCCGUAUUCGCGGAGAGGCCUGGAGCAGUGCAGUUGCUGUACCACACAGAAAUGGUACAGCUGUAGAAGUUCUCCAGUAUCCUGUAGCACAGACAGGACUUUUAAAGUGUCCUCAGCAAUCACAGGCGUUGUUGAGACAAGUCAAGAGGUCCGCCCCCUCGCCUGUUCUCAAUUGUGAGAGCAGCACCAUGUCUGGAAGAGGAAAGGGUGGCAAGGGACUCGGCAAAGGAGGCGCUAAGCGCCACCGUAAGGUUCUGCGCGAUAACAUCCAGGGUAUCACUAAGCCGGCUAUCCGCCGUCUGGCUCGCCGUGGUGGUGUUAAACGUAUAUCCGGUCUGAUCUACGAGGAGACUCGUGGUGUACUGAAGGUGUUCUUGGAGAACGUCAUCCGCGAUGCAGUCACAUACACCGAGCAUGCCAAGAGAAAGACCGUCACCGCUAUGGAUGUGGUGUAUGCCCUGAAACGCCAGGGACGCACUCUUUACGGCUUCGGCGGUUAAACGCUUACCUACCAAAUAACGUUAACACAACGGCUCUUUUAAGAGCCACC